AUGGCUGAACCGGAGGUGAUUCACUCAUGGUCUGCUCCAAGAUCUCUCAGCACCAGCCUCAUGUACUCAUUUGCUCAGAGAGAUGACAUUGAAGUCGUCGAUGAGCCGUUGUAUGCUCCAUUUCUUAAAGCUACAGGUGUGGAUAGGCCAUACAGAGACGAGGUUCUCUCCAAAAUGGAGUGCAAUGGAGAUAAGGUUGUGAAAGAUAUCAUAUAUGGUUCAGGAUCAAAGAAGUACCGGUAUUGUAAGCAUAUCUCGAAGCAACGGCUUUUGGGUUUGCCUACUGAACUAAUGAGUAAAGGAAAGCAUUUCAUAUUGAUUCGCAAUCCUCUUAACAUAUUGCCUUCCUUUGAGAAGGUACACCCUCCAUCGUUUCUCGAAUUAGGCUUGGGGGAAUUAGUGUCGAUAUAUAGUGAUCUCUGUCAGAUGGGAACACCACCAGCAGUCAUUGAUGCGGAUGAGCUUCAGCGAGAUCCCGAGACCAUUUUACGCGGUCUUUGCGAUGAUUUGGAGAUUCCAUUUCAAGCCUCUAUGCUUAAAUGGGAGGCUGGUCCUAGACCAGAAGAUGGAGUAUGGGCACCAUGGUGGUACAAGAGUGUGCACGAAUCAACGGGUUUCUCAUCUUCGAAGAAGUACCCCCGGACAUUUUCUAUGUCUCAUUACGAUUUGCUGGAGCAAAGUCUCCCGCUUUACAACAUUCUUAGGAGACAUGUGAAGCACAACUCCUCCCUCUUGAGCAGUCCUUUGCCUCCUCCUAGUCUCCCAGUUCCUGAAAACGCAAAACUUCUUGCAUGGGUCGGUGACGAGAUUUUGCCUCGUGAAAUGGCAAAGGUUUCUGUUUUUGACUCGGUUGUACAAGGCGGUGACUCGGUAUGGGAAGGACUUCGGAUUUACAAGGGGAAGAUAUUCAAGCUUGAAGAACAUCUAGAUAGGAUGUUUGAUUCAGCAAAGGCUUUGGCUUUCGAAAAUGUUCCAUCGCGUGAAGAGAUAAGAGAAGCAAUCUUCACAACUCUCAUAACAAAUGGCAUGUUUGACAAUACACAUAUCAGGUUAUCUCUAACUCGAGGCAAAAAGGUAACUUCUGGAAUGAGCCCUGCGUUUAAUCAAUAUGGAUGUACUCUUAUUGUGCUUGCGGAAUGGAAACCUCCGGUUUAUGACAAUGAUGGUGGAAUUGUGUUGGUGACUGCAACUACACGACGCAAUUCGCCCAAUAAUUUGGAUUCCAAGAUUCAUCACAACAACCUUCUCAAUAACAUACUAGCAAAGAUUGAAAGUAACAAUGCGAAUGCUGCGGAUGCAAUUAUGCUUGACAAGGAUGGCUACGUGUCUGAAACCAAUGCAACCAACAUUUUUAUGGUGAAGAAGGGCUGUGUUCUUACGCCUCACGCAGAUUACUGUCUCCCUGGCAUAACCAGAGCUACUGUCAUGGAACUUGUGGUUAAAGAGAACUUCAUCUUAGAAGAACGAAGAAUCAGUCUCUCAGAGUUCCAUACAGCUGAUGAGGUAUGGACAACGGGAACUAUGGGAGAACUAAGUCCGGUUGUGAAAAUCGAUGGUCGGGUGAUUGGUGACGGAAAAGUUGGGCCGGUCACGAGAACGUUACAAAACGCUUACAAGAAACUCACGGAGGAUUCAGGUGUGCCGAUACCUACAUACCAAGAGAUACAAAAAUGA